AUGGCGGGACAGGGAGGAGAGGCACUAGCUGGAGCGGUGGCGGCUGGCACAUCCGCGGUCAUCUCAGGAGGGGCUCUGGUGGCGGCCAUCACUCAGACGUCUCUCAGCUCAUCAGGCAGAAGCGUCUCCAUUCAUCUGAGCAACUUCUCAUGCGACAUCCUGACUAAUCCACAGGUUUACACCUACAAGGGAUACAGCUGCACCCCCCCACACCUCACCCUGGGAAAGGCAGCCCAAGGGCUAUGCACGUUUGGAAAUGGAGAAAAAACUACUGGUGCUGUGGGGGUCCUGACCUACGACAUCAAUGAAUGCCUGAGAGAGAGAGCAGUGAAGCGUCUGGCCAUCAUGUUCUCUGUGCCGUUCGAGUACGCAACCUAUGAGAACUGGUUUGCCCUGGGCUUCUUUGAGCCUCACACACCAUGCGAUGAAGCCCUCUAUAAUCUCAUGUAUUACCAAGAUGGAUCAUUCAGGAGGGAGAAGUCCUCUGGUUCAGAAAUCCGUUUUGAAAGUGGGAGGUACAUUGUGAAAGGGGCUAUGUCUCCUAUGUCAAAAGCAGAGAUGAAAGUAGAAUUUUGGGAUGAUGACUACUUUGAUCAAUUUGAUAAAUACUGAAAGAAAUGUCAGCU